UUAAGUCAACCGAAGUGACAGAUAAAUUUAAUCGAAUUUAUCAGUGAAGUCGCAAAUCUGCUGUGGUUUCCUAAAUUAAUUAGUAAACAUACAGAUAUACAAAAUUAUUAAACGAAGUGAUGAGUCUUUAGAGUGGUGAUGAUCCCCAAUCGAUAAAAGGUUUUGAUGGGCGGCCUUUCUCGUGAACAAUGGAAUCGAGCAAAAACCACCUGACUAACUAACAAAACUCACGGCCCGCUACCCUUGAUUUGCUAGCGCUAGUAACAUGAACAAGAAAAAAGAUCAUGGUAAAAUUACUUUGGGAAUGCUAAAAGGUAAACCAGUUACCACUUCCGUUCCCUCGAUAUCCAUAAAAUUUCAUGCAAACGUGGAACAAAUAGAAGAACUGUACAUGAGCGAAGAUGAAGCGAAUACCAGCGCCGAUAAAAUCGAGAAACCACCGCUGCUUUCUAGCAGUCCAUCCAAUGCAGGCGAGGCGGAUAGCAGUCCUUUGCGAUAUCUUCCUAGACUUGUGAAAAGGUCUACAAGCGUAGACGUCUCUCAAGGACAAUUAGACGCGUCACCACCUUCAGAUCCUUGGAGAUUUUUUUCUGACAUAAAGGGUAAAAUCACUAAAAGCGUGGAGGAGAAAAUAACAGAUUUCAAGGCGCGUAAUCAGGAGGAGGGAUCGCCGCAUCAUAAACAAAAAGCGGAUCUUAAGACGAUCAAAGACAGUAAAGAAAAUUCCAGCGUGUCAGAUUCCGAGGAACUGUCCGAAAGUAGCAUCUCUAAAACUUGCGGGAUCGUGUCCACAACCGAAGGUGUCGAAAUGUCGAGCGACGACGAUACCCCCUCCCUAGACAAGGACAAGAAGGAAGACAAAGACGUCCCGAGCAAGUCGCCCACCUCCGCUAUAACCCAGAAGUUCCGUCUGUUCAAAAACAAGACGUUGAUCAAAGAGGGCAGCGUGAAGGUCAACGACCUGUCCAAAUUGUACAACAUAAACACGGAGAAGGUAGACCAAGCCCUGCCAGAGGAUUCCGAGGAUGUGGAGAAUGCCGUGGACGCCUUGGAAGAUGACAAUCUGAAAGGAGGCGACGGCGAGAAGAAGAAAACGGUCGACAAAGAGGACGUUUUGAAGUCUGUGUCUCAGAAAUUUGAUAACAUCGAGUUGGAUAACGAGAAGGGCCUUACCGUGAGGGAAGUGACGGGCAAGGAAAUCAGGAGCACGUUUUUGGAAGGAGGCGGUCUGAGGACGGUCUUUGCUCCCACGGGUUUUGUGGAUUUGCGGCCUUCGCCGGUUAAGGGUCACCCAUUUUCCUCUUAUAUGUCAGUGGUAGUCGUUUUUCUCUCCAUAGCUCUCUACCUGUUUAUUCACUACUAUUCGCUCUUCUUGGCUGGCCUCUCUAUCGGCGUUAUCGUCUCUUACAUCUUCACCAAAAUUUAUCUGAAAAUAUGCCCGAUUGGAACCAAACCGACUAGCCCCACUAUGAACACACUCUUGUCGAGUAAAAUCGUAGAGGUGCAAGCCAUUAAGGAGUACCAGCCCUUGUCCAAGUACGAGGGAUGGGUCAAUGAGUAUCCGAACGCGUACAACCCGAACACAUACCACAUCUCGCAGACGCAGUCGGUUUACCUCAGGCUGCAGGGCAACCUGUUGAGGAUAAGCCACUCCAAGAGCAAGGUUCCCAAAAGGGCGAUGUGGAACGAGCCGGAUAUUAAGAUGAACUUCAGUCAUCACAGGAUAUAUAACCUCUUGGGGGCGAAGAUCGGCCUCUUGCCUGAAGGACUGGCUAAAAAAAGACACUGGAGCAAGAAGUAUCCGAUUUGCGUCGCCCUGUCGAAGGACCAAAUGAAUUUCGAACCCGAGGCGAUUGCGAAGCUCGACGGUGACGAAGAUAAAGGGGACAAGCAAAAAGAAGAUAAGCAGCCGGCGGAGAAGACUACCGCGCAGAAAGAGAAAAAAGUCUUCAGCAGGUUCAGGAAGAGGGAGUAUCCCGUUUUGGCGCAGAGGUUCAGUAAACUGACGGAAGACGAGGAAUUUGAAUUAGAAUCCGAUUCCAGGGCUAGUACGCCGUCCGCGGAGAUUUCGGACCUACCGGUGGAAGAUUCCUCAUCCGUUCUCGGCGAAGAAGACCUUGUCAAUACAAACGAUCAGAAUGAAGAGGAUUUUAACAGUUUGCCCGAGGAUUGGUCGAUAUGUUCACCGCCGUCGCGGGACAGCCCGACCGGUGCAAAAAUUUACAUUUUCGGCCGCACCGACAGAGAGAAAGAAGACUGGUUUAGGAGACUGUGCGCCGCUACCCACAAAGGCGUGGGACUGGGCAUAGCGGUCGGCGACUUGAGCCCGGCGGACUUAAAAGAAACCGCUUCCGGUUGCGUUAUCGAGGCGGCGCAGACUGAAUUGGAGUAUCUGAAGUACAUGAGCAUCUUUAAGCCGUCUAAGAAGCAGCCGACGCAAACCAAAGAAAAGGAGAAAACGGAUCCCGAGAAGACGGCGGAACCGCCGAAGUCCGACUUGAUGCUGUGGGUGAACGCGUUGAUCGGCAGGGUGUUGUUCGACUGCAUGCGGAACCCGAGCUUUACCAUGAAAGUCAGGGAGAGGAUCCAGAGGAAGCUCUGCACCAUAAAAUUACCGUACUUCAUAGAAGAGAUACUUAUACCGGAGCUGUCUCUGGGAAAAACUCCGCCCUUCAUACAUAAAGCUAAUAAGCCAGUGCUCGACGGCCGGGGGCUUUGGAUAGACUUGGACGUCACUUACGAGGGGGCGAUCGUUCUGACGCUACAGACUAAACUCAAUCUUAUGAGGUUGAAGAACCCGCAAGCGUACGAAAAAUCUACGUCUUUGGAGAAAUCGGCGAUCUACAACUCUGACGUGGACGAUUCGGCCGAGAGCAGUUCGGACGAGGAGGGCCCCCAGGAGAUCCCCAACAUCCCGCAAGAGCCGGGAAACAUACAGGGCGGAUCCAGCAACUCCGGCAAGAAGUUCAUCAAGAUGGUGGACAGACUGGCCGAAUCCAAGAUUUUCCAGGCGGCCACCGAAAACCGGUACAUCAAGAAAGCUAUGGAAGGGGUGUCGAACACGGAUCUCCGGCUGAAGGUCGAGGUGAAGGCCAUAAUGGGUACGUUGGUGCUGAACGUACCACCUCCGCCGAGCGACAGGGUGUGGGUGGGUUUCCGGCCGGUACCUGAGAUCGUUUUGUCCGCCAGACCCAUCGUGGGAGAGAGGAACAUCAGCUAUAUAAUAGUUACCAGUUGGAUAGAGAAGAAAUUGCUUCAGGAAUUCCAGAAAAUCAUGGUAAUACCCAACAUGGAAGACUUUGUGAUACCUGUGAUGAAUCCGAAACUACCAGAUUAACGAUCUUAUGAAUUUUAUACCAAGCAAAUUUCUCCCCCAUAGUCCGUAUCGAUAAGAAUUCUACAGGGCGUAUUAUAGUUCUAGUCUGGUAAUUAUGUUUAAAUGUUAUUUUCUUGAACCAAAGCUAUGAGUUGACUAUGUAAGAACUGUACCAAGUGUUUGAAACGAAAAACACUUAUUUGCAUUUCGUUUUGUUAAAAUUCUAGGUUUUAGUCGGGUUCUUAUGUAGUAUUUUGUAUUAUUUAUUUCAUAUAAUUUUUAUAGUUUGAAAUUUUUUUGUUUUUGUUUUCUUUUUAUUGAAUAACCAUCACAAAAUAUUUUUCUAUAAAGAUGUUUAGGAUAAGUACCUGCAUAUAUCGUGUUGAUGGUUCCAUUACGAAGCUCCGAUUUUAUUGAAUGGAAAUUUUUAACGGACCAAUUAUUAUAGGUUUUACUUCAGCACGAGAGGCGAGUGCAAUCGGAAAACUUCUCGACAAUAAUGUUCUUUUUGAGUGCUUUACAUUUUCUUGGAAAUUUUCACUAGCGCUAAAUUUUCUUAAAAAAUUUUGUUUGAUUCUUGGAAUUUUUAUGUUUCCGAGCUAUAACGUCGAAUAAUUUUCGACCGUUGAAAACUUCCGAUGGUUUUAAACACGUGUAAUGAAGUUCGAAUAUUUUACUCCCGAUUUCUAGGGUCAAAAAAAUUAAGGUUAUUUAUGCAAUUUAAAGUAUAUUUUGGUAUUCAACCAUCAACCUUUAUUCGAUGCUUCAACACCACCCUGUAUUGCUUCCAUUUUGGCUUUUAUAUCGAUGUAUAUCUUUUGGAAACCUUCUCUACCGAACAAAUUUCAAUGUUCCGUUUUUUUGUUAUUAUUCUGUCGUCUAGGAAACUGCUUAUCAAAAAGUGUUAUUUAUACAAACUGUGAUAAAAAAAUUAGGCUUUUUUACACCCCUCGGCUUAUUCUUUUCCCGUCUCGAGAGCAAUAGAAAUAGAAAUUUUUUAAUGUCAAGCGAACUUAUAGAAAUUGCCAGGAGGUGUUCUUUAUGUUAAACGAUUUCCGAGGUAAAACUUUUUUUUUUUUUUAAUUCAACACUCGUGACAAAGAAAAAUAUAAGGGGCAAUUUCUAUAAAAACAAAUUAAAUAAUUAUAAUUGUUGUAGAUGGUUAUAUGUUAAUUUUGGUAAUAAAAAUUGAAACAUUAA